AGUUACGUUCAACCACUAUUUUCCCAGAGUUUGGGUGACUGUGGCUCCCGGGGCAUGCAUCACGGAUGGCCGUCAAUGUUGUGGUCCCUUUGUGAGUCUCUCCUCAGUGCGCGGUGCUCUCGUGCUCUCUCCUCUGGCUGAGGUUCGCUGCAGAUGUGGCUUCUCAAUAGGGCUUAUUGUAGCCGCUGUGCUGUAGAUGCGCGGAAUCUGCGCGAGCAGCGCACUGAAUGCGAUCACGUUAAGCAGAGCGGAGGGAAAGACGUCUGAAGCGCAACGAUGCUUCUUUUUAACACAAUUCCUUGACUUAUUCGGAAAGUGCGCGGCUACAAGAACAUUUACAAUGUAUGAGCACGUCAAGGACCAGGAGGAAAAGGUUUGAGAGCUUCAUCUACAAUCAUCGUUCAUUACAGUGGUCUCACCCAUCAAUCACUGGUUGGACUGUCUGCUCUACCCUUCUACCCAAGCCGGUGCUGAGGUGGUGCACAGCUUUCCAUGACCCACCUCUAAGCAUCAAGAUCUCUGGCAACCAUUCAUUACGGAGGAGUGUAUUUCUUUCCUUUUUUUCUGCCUUACGUCCUUUCAUCCAAAUGAUGCAGAAGGGCUCUGCAAUGUGGAGAGGACUGAGUGUAAUGACUAUGCUGUUGUUAGCCCAGUGGGACGUGGGCUGCUGGGGAAUGACUCUGAACUCAGUCCCUCUCCGUCCUGGUUCUCAAAGGCCCAUCAUGGCUAAUGUGGGAGCUCCACUUCACAGACACAAGCGCAACUGGGUGUGGAACCAAUUCUUCGUCCUGGAGGAGUACACAGGAGAUGAUCCUCUCUAUGUUGGCAAGCUUCACUCUGACGUGGACAAAGGUAAUGGGAAAGUCAAAUAUGUGCUCAAUGGUGAGGGGGCAACCUCCAUUUUCACCAUAGAUGAGAACACAGGUGACAUACAUGCCACUAAGCGUCUGGAUCGGGAGGAGCAGGCCUACUACACACUUCGAGCUCAGGCCAGAGACCGCACCACCAACCUGCCAGUGGAACCAGAGUCAGAAUUUGUGAUCAAAGUGCAGGAUAUUAAUGACAACGAGCCAAAGUUUCUGGAUGGACCAUACCAUGCACAAGUAGCAGAAAUGUCUCCUGUUGGCACGUCGGUGGUUGAGGUUAAGGCGACUGACGCAGAUGACCCCACAUAUGGAAACAGUGCCAGAGUCAUCUACAGCAUCCUUGAGGGACAACCUUAUUUCUCAGUUGAACCAAAGACAGGCAUUGUGAGGACAGCUCUGCCCAACAUGGAUCGAGAAGCACGAGACCAGUAUCUUUUGGUGAUCCAGGCCAAAGACAUGGUGGGUCAGAUGGGAGGGCUCUCAGGAACCACAACAGUAACGGUCACACUGAUGGAUGUUAAUGACAACCCUCCCCGCUUCUCACGGAAAUCCUAUCAGUUUGCUGUGCCUGAAUCCCUGCCUGUGGCUUCGGUGGUGGCCAAGAUAAAAGCCUUGGAUUCUGACAUCGGACCAAAUGCUGAGAUGGACUACAGAAUUAUAGAGGGCGAUGGCCUUGGGGUGUUCAGGGUCGGACCAGACAAAGAUACCCAGGAAGGAGUCAUAACUCUGCAGAAGAAUCUCGACUUUGAGACAAAGUCAACCUACACUUUAAAAAUUGAGGCAUCCAACAGGAACAUAGACCCACAGUUCUUGUCUCAAGGACCAUUCAGUGAUACGGCAAUGGUGAGGGUGACUGUGGAGAAUGUAGAUGAGCCUCCCAUUUUCUACUCUCCACUUAGUAAAAUGGUGGUCUCAGAAGCCGCUAAAGUGGGAACCAUCAUAGGAACUGUCUCCGCUGUGGACCCUGACUCCACCAAUAGCCCCAUUAGGUAUUCAAUAGACAGAAACACGGACUUGGAGCGAUUUUUCAACAUAGAGGCAGCCACAGGGGUCAUCAUUACAGCUAAACCAUUAGACAGAGAAGCCAAUGCCGUACACAACAUCACCAUCCUGGCUAUUGAAAGUUUGGAUCCAUCACAGGUGGGGAAAGGCGUGGCUCUCAUCACAGUGAUGGACAUUAAUGACAACGCGCCAGUCUUUGCCAUUGAGUAUGAAACUUUCCUUUGUGAAAGUGCUGGACCAGGACAGGUCAUUGAAACCAUAAGUGCAGUGGAUAAAGAUGAACCGCUAAGCGGACAUCGCUUCUUCUUUUCUUUCACUGCAGAGACAGUUGGAAACAUGAACUUCACCCUCAGAGACAAUAAAGACAAUACUGCUUCUAUCCUGACUAAGCGGAGUGGUUUUCAGAGGAGGGAACAGGCUAUGUAUCGACUGCCUGUGUUGAUAGUGGACAGCGGCACUCCUGCCCUUAGCAGCACUAACACACUGUCUAUAAGAGUGUGUGACUGUGACUCUGUAGGGACUCCUCAGUCAUGCGGCACUGAAGCCUUCAUGCUGUCAGCUGGACUCAGCACCGGAGCUCUCAUUGCUAUCCUGGCCUGUAUCAUCACCUUGCUCGUUCUGGUGCUGCUGAUCGUGACGAUGAGGAGGAGGAAGAAGGAACCUCUGAUCCUGGAUGAAGACCGAGAUGUGCGGGAGAACAUUGUGCGCUAUGACGAUGAAGGUGGAGGUGAGGAAGACACUGAGGCUUUUGACAUGGUGGCGUUGCGAAACCUCAAUGUAGGGAGGGACAGCAAAGUUCGGAGAGAUGUCACCCCGGAGUUGCCCACUCUUUACUGCUCCCGCCCUCCACCUUACAAAAUCACCCCUGACAACGGGAUCUUCCGGGAGUUUAUAUGGGACCGCCUGAAGGAUGCAGACAUUGAUCUUUCCGCCCCUCCCUAUGACUCCCUGCAGACAUAUGCCUUUGAGGGCAGCGGCUCAAUGGCUGAGUCCCUCAGCUCGCUGGACUCCCUGAGCACAGACUCAGAGCAGAACUAUGACUAUCUGAGCGACUGGGGACCGCGUUUCAGGAAGUUAGCAGAUCUGUACGGCCAUGGUGACAGCAGCAAUAUAUUCUCCUAGCCGAGAUUAACAUUCCUGCCAAGGUCUGCUCAAUCAAAGGCCUAACUGAAAUUAACAAUGAUCAAGAGAGCACCACUGAUUAGUUGUUGCUUGAAAGAAUAGGGAAGCAAAAAAAGGGAACAUUUAAUGUGUGGGGGGACUUAUAUCUGCGGAGAGCAGUGGUUUUGUUAAAGAACAGACAGUGGAGAUUCAACUCUGAAGCACUUCUAUUUAAUAUAUCCAUUCAAAGCCAAGUCUAGACUUGGGGUGUGGUUGCAAAAGCCAGAAAGAGAUCUUCAGGCCCCAGAGAAUAAUGGACUUUGGGCUGCAGGGCCAUGUGAGCUGUUCCAGCAAUACCAAUUGUUUAGAAGGGACAUUUGAAGUGCUCUCCCCAAGGUUAAAAAUGAGUACAGUGCCAUCCAGCUAGCCAUACAGCACCAAUGCUUGAAAGAUCAAUGUUCCUGUUCCAUCACAUGUUUCUAUGACUCAUGGAUUCUUUGUAGGAAAAACAAUCAGUAUGACUUCAGCAACUGAGAACACCAAUAUUCUUUCCAAAUAUUUCACCUAGAGAGAAACUGCAACAGUUGCUUUGUAAAAUGUCCUUUAUUCAUAGCUUCACAUCUUUUAUCAGGCCUUAUUUCCACAUAAAAUUGCCGCCAAGGCGCAUUGAAAUAUCCUCCAGUUAUGCUGACCAAAAAACAAGUCAAACUCGUAGUCAGUAGGCUUUGAUGUAUUGAGAAGGACAGGCCAGAGUGGAUUUAAUCAUUGAAAAUGUAUAGUACUUGCAUUUUAGUUGAGGCUGUCAACCUGAGGUAUUUUGAGAUGUUAUUUUGUAAGUUUGUAGACAGAACCCUUAUGAAAGUGAAGGGUUUUGAAGGGAAGUAAUUUGUAUUAAGCAGAUUCCUUUCUUGGAAGCCUCAAUGGCAAACUCAAAGCAGCAAAAUGUUUUUGUAGUUCUCUAUGCUGUCCAGUGUACAGUUUUUGCUGUGGUUCUUGCUGAAUAUUGUGAGAAAAAAAGUUGUGUUUUUAUUUUCUUUUUUAAAAAGCAGGCCUAUUGUUGAUAUGAGUUUGAGUGUCAAACUGUAAGGGGAAAAAAGAAUGUAAAGAAAUUAUCCUUAACAAUAUAACUGGCGAUGUGUGAACCAGUGUAUAAGUUAAGGACAACACAGAACUUAUAAUACAGUAUAUUAUCAAUGUUUAACUGUUGUCCAACAGGCAAUUAUGAUUUUGAAUUGUAGCAACAUAAAAUUACAGUAUCAGUCUACGGUAUUAUACUCAUGCUAAAUUCUAAAGCUGGGAAGACAUUUUGUACAGAUUUUGUAAUAAAGACAAUUUCAUCACACAGCUUGGUAUGACCACUUCCUGAUGACUGCUGUCAUUCAUUUGGACUGCCAGACGUAGCAUAUUUUGAUCUGUGCCGAAUCUGGAGGACUAACUGCUAAAUUGCCUGCUUAUGUUUGUGGAACAGGGUGGUUUGCACACACACAGACAUGAUGUGUAAUCAAGGCCAGAAUAGAGAGCCAACAGGGCCUUGAGUUUGAUGAAUGAUACAAGGUAUGUCAGAGCAUUUAAAAGGCCUCGGCUAAAUUAGCCUCUGUGAAAAGAGAUUGAUGAUUCUGUUAGGGAACGCAAACAUACAUCCAGAAAUACGUUCACACAUCUAAACACAGGCAGACAGGGUGUGCGACACCAUGGCUGGACAUAAAGCUUUGCCUAUAAAUUGUCAUGCCCAGGCCAGUUAUAACCAUGCAAUGAGCAAGCUCAAACCAAGACUUGUUUGUCUGAAACUCAUACAGAGCUUGAUACAUUAGCAUGGCAGUCUUUCCACAAACUCCCAUUGCAGUCUGGCCUACACUCAAUCAGAGUGUGAUAUAGCUGUGAGUCAUGAAACAUGUUCCAUUUUGUUUUCUUUCCAGCAAAUGUUGGCACUUGGAUUUACACGGUAAACUGUUUUUCAGACUACAUAAAUGUUUGGUGAUAGAAUCUCAAUAGUUUAAUUUGUGUUGAAACAAUGCACAACGACAUAAAGCAUAAAUACUAGGUGCAGAAAUCAGUCCCUCAUUUUUCACCAGCAUCAUGACAUUACAUUUCAUAUUGACUUCAGUAUCAAUAUGUGAAAGGGGGUGUUGCAAAAAAGAAAAGAAAAUAUGUCAUUGGCCGUUGUCUUGUUUGGAAGGAUGCGUCCUCCGGAGGUCGCGUCCUUUGAAGGCUGCAGUAUACCAAGUAUAACGAGACGGCCUUGGUAGUACGAACGGAAAUGGAACGUAACAUGGUUGCUAUGACAGCACGCCACUCUUUAACAAGCGUGAGCAAGUAAAAAGUAAGAAGGGAACAAAGUCCCUUUAGAAGGGAAUGUAUGAGGUAAAAUUUAGGAAAGUUAUAAUGAUGUAAAGAGAAAAUAAACUUGAUUUUACAGGUGUACUUUUAGUCAAAUACUUUAUUUUAAUUAUAUAUUAACAUAAUUAUACAUAUUAUAUACUCUGCAGCCGUCUGCUGAGGUACUUCAACUUGGGAAUUAACAUUCCUUGCAUUUGAACAUCAUAUUUACAGGCAAAUUGUCGUUAUUUAUUUUAGACAUUUCCGUUGAAGCAAAGAAUUGUGGGUUGUGAGUGCCCACGAAGGAUAAACCAAAUGCAUCCUCCGAAUUCCCUUGAAAGAAGGUUGCAGAAGUGUCCAACUCGCUUUUCUGAAACGAGACAUCCUCAAUGACGUAUGCGGCCGACAAAUGCAACCUUCGGAGGACGCAGCCUUCCAAAUGAGACACAGCCAUAGAAAUUGACAAAAAAGCCCUGAAAUGUGGGAAAAUGCCACUGUAAUGAAUAUCUGUAUCCUCUGAUAUAUUUCUUAAUAUUCUAUUCUGUGCCUAGUUAUGCACACAUUGCACAAAAUGAGUUGAUCUUGAUUUAAAUGUAAUGUUAACUGUCUAAUUAUUACAAAUUUUGAAUUUAUUUUAAAUAAUUGAUUAAAUUGAAUUAUUUGACAUGACAUAACACAUUGUAUAUUUUAUAGGGUUAGAAAAAAAUACAAACUAAAAUGAUGUCCUUAUUAUAUUAAAUAUUCUCCAAGGACCAAGGCCAAAAAUUGCCCUUAAAAGGAAAGUUCACCCAAAAAUGAAAAUUAUCCCAUAAUUUAUUCACCCUCAUGCCAUCCCAGAUGUGUUUGACUUUCUGUCUUCUGAAGAACACAAACAAAGAUUUUUAGAAGAAUUUUCCUCACAAUGCAAGUGAAUGGAUACCAAAAUGAUGAUGCGCCAAAAAGCACAUAAAGGCAGUAUAAAAGUGAUCCAUAAGAAUCAAGUGGUCAAAUCCAUUUCAUGUUCAGUGGCGAUAUGAUAGGUGUGGGUGAGAAACAGCUUUAAAGGCAACUUUAAAUUCUCCUAUCUGCCCAGUAGGUGGUGAUAUGUAAGAAAAAUGUGAAUUGCCAAAAACAAAUUAAGAAGAGUGUGAAUGUGAAAGUGUAGAUUUAUGGUAAAAAAAAAAAGGAUUUAAAUAUGAAUCUGUUUCUCACCCAGACCUAUCAUAUCACUUCUAAAGAUAUGGAUUUAACCACUAGAGUCUUAUGGAUUACUUUUAUGAUGCAUUUAUGUGUGCAUUGUGAAGACCUACAGAGCUGAAAUAUAUAUAUUUGUGUUCAGAAGAAGAAAAAAGUAAUACACAUCUGGGAUGGUUUGAGGGUGAGUAAAUGAUGAAAUCAUUUUCAUUUUUAGGUGAACUAUCCCAUUAAUGGAAAAGUUAAAUUGUGACUGCUAUAUGGUUGUGCUUGUCGAAGUCAGAGAUAGAAGUUUAAAAUCAGAAGUGUGCAUUUGAAAAGUGGUGUUUAAUGUACUAUAUUACUUUUUAAUGAAUCACACGGGAUAUUUUGUCUUUUGUCCAGUCUGAUGACGGAUUUGGAUUUUAACCCCUGUAAUAACAUAUCCUUUUGUUUGUUUGUCUGACCAAAGGUAAUAGAGACUGAGAAUACUGUCUGUGAUCAUUAGAUGGAAGCUGCUAUCCAAAAGUAAAUGCAAUUAUUUGUUAACUGGCUUGCUAAAUGAAAACUAAAAGGGCAAUUGGAAUCUCAUUUGACUUGGCACUAAGUAAUAAAUACAGUUUUAAUUAAGCAAGUCACUGCAGCAAGCAGAUAAUGCAAACAAAGGAAGAUGGGGUCAGCCCAUCAUUGUUCUCUUUACAGACAUGAGACUCUAUAACACAUAUAUUAGAGGAACUGGAAAUCAAUAUAGCAGAUUAUUUUAAGGACUGACAUGUAUUCAUGAGUUUGAUUCUGUUUACUGGACUGGCUGUGUUUGGUUUGUGAUUAUGAAAAUUCUUCAGCCCUCUUGUCAAAUGAUCUCAU